AUGCCUGCCGCUCCCAAGCAGCGAAAGAUUGCGAUUGUCGGCAGUCGUUCCGUGGGCAAAUCGUCUCUCACUGUCCGCUUUGUCGAGCAACACUUCGUCGAAAGCUACUACCCAACAAUCGAGAAUACCUUUAGCAGGAUAAUUAAACACAAUGGCCAGGAUUACGCAACUGAGAUCGUGGAUACUGCUGGACAGGAUGAAUACAGUAUCUUGAACUCCAAGCACUUCAUUGGCAUUCAUGGCUACAUCAUCGUGUACUCGGUCACUUCACGUCAAUCCUUUGACAUGGUGAGGGUCAUCAGAGAUAAGAUUCUCAAUCACUUGGGCGCUGAUCAGGUACCACUUGUGAUUGUCGGGAAUAAGAGCGAUCUAAAGGGUGAUCAGCGACAAGUCACUCUCGACGAGGGUCGCCAAUUGGCAGAAGAAUUUAGCUGUGGCUUCACCGAGGCCAGUGCCUUCCUCGAUUUCAACGUGGCCAAAGCAUUCGAUCUCAUCAUCGGCGAGAUCGAGAAGUCCCAGAACCCAUCACAGCCCACUGGAAACAACAAAUGUGCCAUGAUGUAA